CCGUUUGUGGGGGCCCUCCGUUUGUGGAGGCCCUCCGUUUGUGGGGGCCCUCCGUUUGUGGGGACCCUCCGUUUGUGGGGGCCCCGGGGCUUUCGCCCCGGUUGCCCUCCCCUAAAUCCGGGAUCAUGCUACAGCUGGUGAUACUGACCCUCCAAUACAUAGUAGUUGCCACUGGCCAUGUUUGCGGACCCACAUUAUGGUUCCAAACGUUCUCGUUGAACGAACAGUCUAGAUGCCUUGCGUGUUCACUGGACUUGGCUCGGAGGGUCACAGUCCUCGGCUACUAUGACCUUACUCAGUGUAUUGCAGCUAUAAAUUAUUGAGGGAUACGUAUGUCCGAAGUGGUACAUCCGCGCAUGUAUUCUGCAUAAAACGCGAAUGGGACACUUAGGCCCUCCUCACACGGGGAUACUGAAGUUGCUUAGAUACCGCGAGACUCGGCGACCGAGCGACUCGUCAUGUAGAUAGGCAUGGCGUCACUCAGACGGCGAUACUGGAGUGGCGGAGACUGGAAGUCGUAAGCAACGUAAAUCCCGGCGACUCAGCAUGCUGGUCUCCACGCUACUCCAGUAGCCUACGCGGCGCGAUACUGUAUUGUAGCGAACAAUGGGCGAGCAGGCGUUUAAUAUCAAAUUUGUAAACGAAGUUGAGAAACACCCAGAACUCUAUAACUACAAGUUGAAAGGGUAUUCAAAAAAGGAUGUGACUGACAAAGCAUGGAAUGAUGUCGCAAAAGAAGUGCAACUCACAGUUAACGAAUGCAAAGAAAAAUGGAAAAAUCUCCGUUCAGUUUUUGUCCGUCACAUAAAGCCACCUCCAAGUGGUUCAAGUUCCAAAAAUAAGAAACCAUAUUAUCUAUCGGAGGCAAUGAAAUUUACCCUACCAUUCAUAAAAACGCUUGGUACACCAUCGGGGAAUUUGCCAGAAGUCAUCAAUGAACAAAACCUGGAACACAGUUCAUCUGACCCAACACAAAAUACGGAAGACGUUGCGGCUGAAGAGGAGGAAUAUAUCUCAGAUAACGCAAUACUAACUACAACACCACAACUUUCCCUUCCUUCACCUAUGCUGCCAAAUACUGACUUCUCGCAAGAACAUGCUCAUCAUUCCCAACAAAUGACUCAUGAUCCCUUUUCCAACCCAAAAGAUAAUUUAUCAAAGCGUAAAAAGCAAACAGUGACGGAAGUGGACAAGUCCUUUAUGGAAUACAUGAAUGCAAAGAAAAGGAAACUUGAAUCGAAUUCAAACGAUGAUAGGCAAGUAAAAAAGUCGUUUCUUCUAAGCCUUUUACCAGAAAUCGAACCUUUGACAGAUGCACAAAUGAAAUCAUUCCGACGUAGGGUUCUGCAGCUUAUUGAUGACAUCACGAAUCCAAAAGACAUGCACCAACACGUACCAGCUUACCAACAGACCCCAACUUACUCCUACAGUGUUUCCACGCAUUCAUCGUUGGCUACAGAUAAUGCUUCAAUUUGUUCGUCGCCUGGAAAUCAAACUAUUCCACAGAAAGUACAAGAUACUGAAACGCAACAGUAUUUUGAAGUCAUCCAAGAGACUUUACAAUAUGAGCAGGAACAUAAUGUGAUGUGAUGUUUUGUUGGGUGUGUAAACAUAUAACUUUGGUGUACGUGUUUUUAUCUCUAUUAUGUUGUUUAUUUUUGUGUUUACAGUCAUGAUUUGAAUGUUUGUGUAAUGGGUAUUCUUUAAAUAGUUUAUAUAUAUACAUUUUUUCUUUUGCAGUACAUUAUUUGAAUGUGUAUUUCUUAGGUAUAUUUGAAUUAAACAUUGGAAUGAAUUUAUGCAUAAGAUAUGUUUAUACUUUCACCUUUCAGUUGACUGGAAUACUUGGGUAUAAAUAACUUUAGAUUAUUUAACCUGUUAACGUUAAAGUGCACAUUCUUAAGAUCCAUACAACAGCCAUUUUCCACAGAUAAAAUAAGUAAUUGCGGCCUCAAGUUAAAAUGCAUACAUUGUUUUUAUUCGCCAAGCAUCAGUAUAUACGUUAAAAUACUUGGAAAGAAAUAGAUUUGUGUUGAAGGGAAACAUUUAGAAGUGCCUUAACAAAAAUUCGUAAUAAUUUGUAUUUCUUAACUUACUUACCUCAAAGUUAUCAGCAAUCGUUCACCGGGGCUCACGCAUUCCCUCAUAGUGGUAUCCCUAUAAUACAUCGCAGGUGUAACAAUUUCCGUUAACAUUUGGUAAGUCUCCUUCGUCAUUCUGUAGAAAGCGAUGAAUUUUGAGUCUGUCUCUUGCAAUUCUUUGGCCGCGACAAAUAAUCUACAAUUAAUGUUCCUUUCUAUAUAUGGAUGAACCCACAAUCUUUUCCUACUUCGUUUUCUAUAAUGUUGAUAAUAUUGGAUAACAAUAUCACUAUCGUCACUGCUGUUAUCACUGGACAUUACAUACAAUAUAUAGGCACUUCACGGUUCCACAAGAUACUCGGGCUGUACUCACGAUGCAUUUUUUCCUCCCAGUCUCUGAUAUUUUAGUAGCGUCGUGUGAAGAUAACGGGCGACUAGAGUCACCCAGUCACACAGUUGCCUAGUCUCCAGGCUACCAGCGAUCGUUUUGUAGGCAACUUCAGUAUCCCCGUGUGAGGAGGGCCUUAGGCUACUGCGAUACUGUGCGACAACCUUUGUUGUACGAAUACUAGUGCCAUUCGCUCAUGCAGUAUUUUUUUGUGUGUUUUAAGAAAUGAGUUUAUUUUAACUGCUUGAAAUAAAGGCUAAUAAAUAAAUUACAAAAAAAAAAAGUUUCAGUGUUGCAGAAACAAAUAACAAUUAAGGUUAAUUACUUUGGUGGUUUUUCUAUUGUAGGCAGAUAGUGCAUUUCACUUCGUAGGCCGUAAUUUUUAACUUUGAAUACCGAAAAUAUGAAAGGUAACAUUAAUUAUCGGUAUAAAAAGUAAAACGAAAAAUUUCUGCAUGAAAAAUGCUUUAAACACUGUUAUAUUUAAAAUGGUCAAAUGUCCAUUAUCUUGACAGUAAUGAGUCAGUGUCAAAGGUAUCACGGUAAUUUAUUACGACUGAAAUAACAAGUAUUUCACAAAUAUCAGCAAAGAUCAAAAAAAUUUAUGCACAGUCUGCUACUAAUCAAGUGUGUAAUAUCGUAAAUGCUACAGGAAAUAUGACAGAAAUCCAUUUAUAAAAGCGGGGAUUUCAUGUUAAAAAAAAGAUGUUUAAAUCCCCGACACUGAACGUCACGUUAUGUCUCAUCCGAAAAUCGGACGCUUAGCAAGUGGUAGUUUAAGACUAAUUUUAGAAACUGAAGCCAGUAGUAUAUUAGUGUGAUUACUUUCCUUUUAAGUCAUGGAAAACAUUUUAUUACUAAUUUUUAUAUUUGAAGCGCAACAUUUCCUGUAGAAUUGCCUCAACGAAAAUCGUGAAUAAUUUAAAACAGUAGCUACUACUAUAAUAGCUGUGAAGGUGAUAUGGGUUUGAUUCCGGGUCGGGUAAACAAUUUUUUUUUUCAAUUGUCCUAACAAAGUUGUUGGUCGGCUGGUUUUCGCAAGGACCACAAUUUUUUUUCUCCCUUUCGUUCAAGUAUUCCAUGUUUGCCCCAUUCAUCACAAAUCUUAAAUAUAGCUGCUGGUCCCUUCCGACUUCCAAUCAAUAAAUUACUAUGUGUGUGUAUAUAUAUACACACACACUCAAUUAUAAAAAGAUUGACUGUUGCUGUUAUCGUGAGGGGAGAAAUUGAAAUGCCAUGUACGUGCUGCAUGUGGUGAAGCACGGAAGUGUUUCAUAAAAUUCAAACCAAACAAUAUAGAAUUAUGUAUAUAUCAUACUUAUGUAUAACAAAGGGUGAGAUAUCACGCGAGCCAGACAUAAGAUAGUGCGCACCGCCAAAGUGUAGGAUGUCGCAGGAGAAAAUGACUUUGGCGAGGGGAAGGAACAGGCGGGCCGAAACGACAUAGCAACACGCACAACUGCAGCUCGUCGCGGCCGUAACAAUAUAAUAUUGCACUCAAAAUUUUUUAAACAGUCAGUAACUUAUCGCAGUUUCUUCGUAUUUUGCAACUUUUAGGUGCUCAAAUAAGCAAAAAAUAAGUAAAAUAAGCUUUUGUAGUCAAAGGAUACAUCAGUUUGCAAAAUGUUUACAUAAAUUUGUGUAUGGUAGGACAGUACAUAUUUUUUUUUUUUUCAAAGUGUUCAGUUAGGAAUUAUUUGAAUACUUUGCACCAGUUAAAACUAACUCCCUGUUAUGGCCUUGACCCCUCUCCCUUCGGUAAAUGAUAUUGCCAUACUAUUACUUAUUGAAAGCGUGAUCCGCCACGAAGGCAGGUAUCGACCCGAGAGGCGUCGGGGAGAGAACCACUGCCCUCCAAGCAGGGCCGGAACUAGGAGAUUCGUUAGGGGGGGGGGGGGGGGCAAAGCUUAAUUUGCCGCCCCCUCCUUACCAAAAUUAUAAAAUACCCUUUUUCGUUAGAAGCGGUGGUUGAAAUGAUACCAUUCACUUAUACAUAAUUGAGAACCUUUAUUUAUCAAGUACUCUAAUUGGAAAACUAAUACAAUUACAUUUUUUAUUUUAAUGAAAUAGACUGUUAUCAAACUAAUGUUUAUAUUUUGCACAACAGUGAAAAUUAAUGUCUUACCAAUAAGUUUAUUAAGUACUAAAAUUACAUAAGGAACAUGUGAUUAUGAAUUAAGUAUAUAUAAUAUUGUAUUGAUAACCAUACAAAGAAAUUCAAUUCAAAAUUUAAUUUUUCGAGCAUGAUUAGCUGCAAAAGUGUUAAUAAUAUCAAAAUUGAUCAAAGCAGCUCGUUUGUGUUCAAUAGAUAUAAUACUUAGAUUUGUUAAUCUCUGCUGGUCCAUCGUGCUUCUCAAAUAGCUUUUAAUAAGUUUAAGUUUACUAAAACUUCUUUCACCUGACGCAAUUGUAACUGGAAGGGUGAGAAACAUUCUCAGAGCAGCAGUAAUGUUAGAAUGUGCCUCCUCCAGUUUAUUUUUGUAUAUAAGGCUCAACAUUGUUGAUGCUGUAGCAUCUUUUAAUUCAGUCUACUGUUAAUGCAUGGUGCUUAAAACUUUCAAUUUCAAAUACGAAUUCUUCUUUGUUAAGAUCGGCACUGUGUUUCCUAAUUCUGCUGUUUUGAAUUUAAAUCUUCUACUUCUAUUUUAUGAAUUUGAACACCACAUAAAAAUCCAAACAUUUUGUUAAUGUUCUCCAAAGCCUUAAACCUGUUACUCAGUUCCAUAAUUAAUCUGUCAAUGACUUCCAACAUUACUUGAUGUAAGUUUUUUUGACAUACGCCAUUGAUAAGCACUUUUUCUGUAGAAGAAAACUAAAAAAUAAAAUAAAUAAAUAAGUAAAAAUAACCAAAAGACAAAAAGCACAAAUUAAGCAAAAAAUUGCUGUUGUCAACAGGAUAUAAACACCACAAAAUAUUCCGUAACAGGAAUAUGGUCAACAAACAAAUAAAAACAAAGAAAAAAGUACUAAGAGAACGAAAAAAAAACACAAAUGAACACGACACAAAAAUAUUGAACCCAAAAAAAUUCAGCACAAUGGUUGAAACGAGACAAAAACACCGCAAAACGAAAAGACGAAACAAACACAAUAGUUUUUCCAAAACAGAAACAAGCGACGUUUCGGGAACUGCUAUCUGCUCCCGUCCUCAGGCAGAGACGCACAUGGUACGAAAACACAGGUGCGACUGAGUAGGGGCUGGAAAAAUGAGGGUAUUUAUCAGAGAAAGGGCUACAUCUUGCUCAGCCAAGUGAUCACCCGCGCAACGGGUCCUUGAGAUGCCAGCUCUCAUCGCAGUGGUUUUACUCACUCCAGACCACAAAUUAUGGUAAUACUUGUUUCUUAGAGUGAAGUAACGCAUUCGAAGUACGAAUAUAUUUACAAAUUAUGCAUAAUCUUAAUUUCUUGGCUAACUUAUUGGUUGUGAUAUGUACACUUUCAAAACUUUUUUUAAUGACUAGUUUCUUUUUGUUUUAGUGAACCAAUUUCAUAUUUUGCCGCCCCCUGAUAUUUGCCGCCCGGGGCACAUGCCCCCCAUGCCCCCCCUUAGUUCCGGCCCUGCCUCCAAGGUUCUCUACGUGACAUGUUUCUGCGAUGGUUUCGCUAUUGCCUUCCGCAGUAUGGCGUGAAGAACAAACACCACAACAGCUCUGCCCGAGCCGGGAUCCGAGCCCGGGUCCUCGUGCACCGCAGGCCGGCGCCUAGCCCACACUGGCCGCUGCCAUUCAAGUGUUCACAUUUAUACAGUUCUGCAACUAUUAUUAGUAUGGUGAAGUUAGAAUUCUGGAUUAAAUAAAAUUUACAAACAAGA